CGCGGAAUGCUCGUGACCACCGACCCCACCUGCAAGAGCCAGGCCAUCAAGGAUGUAUACGAAGAUGGCGUCUAUGGAACCCCUAAAUCUGCGGGAGCGGGCUGCCGCUCUCCGUUUCCACAUGUUCAUGCACCACCUGCUUGGUGUACCUGGUCCCCAUGUUCGUGGGGACAUUGUCCAACGUCCCCCAUACACGCUCGCCCCGUCUUUUCGACGCCUUCGCGCCACAGUCCGCGUCGUCAGUCCAUUGGCGGACGCAGUACCUACAGUCCACACCAUCGUAGUCAGCGGCCUGGAAACUCUAUAUUGCGUGCUACUAGACCAUUAGACCCUCUUCCUUCUCCUGCUGGCUCGAAUCCGGGCGUCCAAGUGGAUCCAGAACCGCGUCCCGCAUGGGCGCAUCCGCAUAUCGUCAACACGCCUCGCAAUACUCCGCACAAUCACUCUUGGGGUGCUUUGCCACCCAUAAACGGCAGUGGCGCCCUCGCCAUCAGUCCCCGUUCGCACACGCCUGCACUUCCCAUAGAUCCUCCCGAUCAACAUGUUUGGAAUUUCCCAGGCGGGUCUCUUUCGUGGACACCACAUCCCCAACCUGGGGUUGACCCUUCUACGUUUUGGACGCCCAAUGCAGUUUUGAACCGUACUCCCCGCCAGUGGUCUGGUACGCCACUCGAUUCCUGGACGGCGGCCCGUCUGACUGGCGGGUGGCCUUUACCAGGGACGUGUGUGCACUGGACACCCGGAACCUGGCCCCCAGUAUGUUAUCCCAACAACGUACCGGUGCGGCUUGCGCCGUGGUUGAUACCGAACCCCAGCAAUACGUACAUGCCCCAGAUCGUUUGGGACGUCUCCCAAGAUCCAUCAAGAUCGAAACGUCUGACGGGGGCUCAUGUGAUGGUGGAUAUGGGAACUGUGGGUGGCGAGCAGGCGACUUAUCCCCCAGCUGACAAGAUACACAUCGCGUGUGAUGCUGGCUUCAUGGGCCAGCUUUGGGGCCCGAUCGUGAUUCAGAAAUCGUCCUGCAUCAAGGUUGGCGAUAUCUUGAGAGGGAUCUACGAGUACUUCCAGCAACAGCUGACGCAGGAAGAAGUCGACCAUAUUGCAAGGCUUGGGAGAGAUAAUUAUUGCAUCUUGCUCGACGCUUGUUACAAACGAUGUUUGGCGACUCCUGGCCUACCCGGUUAUGAACAAUCUCUAGGGUUUCGACGUGUUGACUGUCUUGGUGACAAAAAGAUAUACUGGGGAUUGUGGGUCACGUAUAACUCAGACUCGACUUGGCAGCUCAAUCUGGGGCUCAUCAACCAACGCUCAUGAAGAUCCCGAUAGGGGGGGUGUCGUUUCGUGCUUUCGUCAUACCCUGAUUUAUCGAUUUGGUUAUUGCGGACAUGGCGGAUUUUCUUAUUUUACGAGCUGCUGCAAACUCUGCAGCUGUCACGACUGGGCUCGGGGUUUUUUAUCAUGGACUAUCACGUUUUUCCGAUUUGCUGUGUUUUCUUGCGUGCUCCUCGUGCUCUUUCUGCUAUCUUGUAUCGUCUUUCUUGGCUUCUUGGCUUACUCUACAUAUCAGGACACAUCGAUGCCUUACUCCCUCGCGACUUGUAUUUACACAUGACUUUACGACACUAACGAUGUAUACUACCUUACUCACUGGGAUCACUGACUUGUAAUCAUAGAAUUUCACUGACAUGUAUGGUUAGUUGAAAACUGGUGGUCGUAAGUGGAUUGCUGUCGCCAGAUGCCCAUGUAUUCAACCAUGACUGGCUUCGACAUUUUGAAUUCGGCUUAUUGCUACCAUCGCCUUGCCUUCUUGGCUCGUAUAAAUGAUAGGGAUCGUCACAUCUUGAGAUGUUUUGCUGAGAAUGAUGCGCAUAAGCAAAGUCAGUCUAUUAGCCUGCUUUGAUUUGAGCUCGAUGACGAUACCAUCCUCUUGGCUUUGAACAAAAAUCAUCAAGUGCACAUCGUGAAACAUUUGAUAGUCAAACGUCACGCGUCAUCGAUGCAUCAUCCUUGCCAGGCACGACACAGUGGAGAGCCAAGCGGAACCGCGACUUUGAUGCCAGUGCUAGUAAGAAGUCAGUAGAGGUUGCUUCGGACGUGUUGCGCGGUUAUCGGGAUUCCACGUCCGUCCGCAUCUUGGAAAACGACUGCUGCUUUCGUAUCGCCAUCGGCAGGGAUGGGCGAAGGAAUUCAGACGUUCGGGUGGGUAAAGCAAAGCGGAGUGAAUCGGGACGAGUAGGUUUUCGAUGUCGUCGAAACCAGAGCCAAGUCGAAGUAAUGGGGGGGGUUUUUGGCUAAGCGACUAGUAUGGCGGUAUGUACAGAGCCUCGACGUGCAAAGCGGUGGGCAGUCUGGCUUCGUUCAACAAAGAGGAAACAGGUUGCGUGAAAUCGAUUGAGGGCAUGUGCAUCGUCGGGGCGUGCGAGAAAGUUCUGCUGCUCCACGUUCACUAGAAGAAACCACCGUUACCCCUAAGUGUCAGCUUAGAAAUGGAGUGUAUGCGUCUGGAUCAGUCUUACGAGCGUCCUGAAGAGUGCUAAGGUUCACCUUUCAUGUUCAAAUGAAUGGCGCGUGAAUUCUAGUCAUGCGCGUUGCAAUGUCCGCCUGAUCAUUGAGAGUAGGUAUUGGAACUGGACCAGCGGCGACUUGUCGAUACGGUCUGAACGGAACAAACCUAAGCUCCACUGUGAUAUAUUUAUCUGUAAAUGUCCUAUCGUGGCCGAAUGCAAAACGUCGUUGAUGAGAAGGCUGAUGAUGUUCU